UAACCACACCAGGGCCAGACGGCUUUUUCUGUCUCUUGAAGGUGUGUUGAAUUGGUAAAACCAGGAGGCCAGAGUAGAGUGGAGAGGACGUCCCAGCUCCGCUAUAUUUAAGUGGAAGGGUGAAAUGGGUCCUCGACUGUGUGAAGUAUGCAAGGAAGCACAGUCCAAGUACAAGUGUCCCUCAUGUUUGACACCUUACUGUUCACUGGUCUGUUUCAAGAAGCAUAAAGAAAUUCCAUGUGCUAAGCCAGUAUCUUCUGAGGAAAAACCAAAUCUGGUUCCAGAGUCAAAUGUAGAGAGACCAUUAAACGUUGAAGAACCAGGCGAUGUGCUGCAAAAGUUGCAACUGGAGGCUAUAGCUUCUUCCAGCGAAAUUUGUGAUGCUUUGGAGGAUGAAAACCUGCAGAAAAUCAUCUGCAAUAUUAAUAGUUCCCCAGAUGCACAAAAUGAACUUGAAAAAGCUAUGGGAAUGGAGGUGUUUCGCAUAUUCACUGACAAGAUUCUAUCUAAUAUCAAGCCGUAACUGCAACCAGUGGUAGCUCGAGGAAGAAGACGACAUUUGGUUCAGGAACUUCAAGAUUCCCACAGAAGCAGCAGUUUUUAAAUCAACUUCGACUUCAAGAGAGCUCUUUCAAUCUGGCUGGCAGCUCUCAUCUUGCAUCUCCCACUUCGCACAAGUUUGUCGCCGGGAGUUCUUUUUGAUGUGAUACAUAUUUUGAUUGCCCUUCAAUUUUGAGCCUGUUUAAAUUGUUUGUGGGGUUAUCUGUAAUGGCUGCAGCCUGCAGCAUUGCUAAUCAUAGAAAUUUAGGUAGUCAAUUGAAAAACUGAGAUAUAAGAGUCGUGCUCAGGUCAUAUAAUACAUUUGGUUGAGAGAUA